AUUCCGGACCUUGUUUAUCUGCCUCGAAUACACGGUAAAUGGUAAUUAUGCGGCAAUCAGCAACGAUUAUCGCUGAUAAAAUGUGAAACAAUCGGUUCCAAAUCACUUGCAAUGAGUUAUUGUACUGCAUGACGUAAAAACACUCACGAGGCAAUUCAGUUGCAGUACUGUGCUAGCUGUAGUCAUGUUCAGUCAUCUACUUUUAGUGGCCAGUCUUGGUCUGUUGUGGGUGUAUCUACAUUUCAAGCAACGUUACCGCUUCUGGGCGGAUCUUAAGGUGCCUUAUCUGGAGCCAUCCUUCCCGGCUGGAAACGUACCCGAUACACUGAAGCCAACCAUACACUUUGCGCACAUUAUUGAAAAGCUGUACAGGAAGCUGAAGUCGCGUGGUGAUUAUGUGGGGAUUUACUUCUUCCGCGAUCCGGUGCUGUUGGUCCUGUCGCCUGAGUUUGCCCGGACGAUUCUUGUGAAAGAUUUUAACUACUUUAUCGAUCGCGGAGUGUACAGCAAUGAAGAGGUGGAUCCGCUUUCUGCUAAUCUCUUCUUCAUGGAGGGUAACCGAUGGAGAAAGCUACGUUCAAAGCUGGCACCAACCUUUACGUCCGGGAAGUUGAAAGCAAUGUUCCACACGAUAGUGGACGUAGGCAACCGAUUGGAUCAGUAUCUGGCAGAACGAUGCACCCAAGAACAGCGACUCGAUAUCAAGGAGCUGCUUGCACGGUUCCUGACCGACGUGAUCGGAUCGUGCGCGUUCGGAAUCGACUGUAACAGCAUAGACAACCCAAACUCUCAGUUCCGGGUGAUGGGCAAACGUAUGAUAAACCUACCCAAGCUAAAGGCACUGAAAGUGUUCUUCGCCAUGAUGUUCCGGAAGCAGGCGCGAGCCCUCGGCAUACGGUUUAACGACAAAGAUGUGUCCGACUUUUUCCUGAACGUUGUCCGGGACACGAUUCGCUAUCGUGAGGAAAACAACGUACGAAGGGAUGACUUUAUGCAGCUUCUGAUCGACAUGAUGAAGGUGAAUGGUGCUGGAAAUGGGGAAUGCUUAACGUUCGAAGAGAUUGCCGCACAAGCAUUUGUGUUUUUCUUUGCCGGAUUCGAAACGUCUGCGACCACCAUAACGUGUGCCUUGCAUCUGCUAGCCAAGCAUCCUGAAGUGCAGGACGAAGCAAGGAAAUGUGUUCGUGAUGUACUGGCUAAAUACGACAAUAAGCUUUCGUACGAUGCCGUGAUGGAGAUGGAGUACAUUGGAUCGAUCAUAAACGAGACACUUCGGAUGUAUCCACCGGUGGCAACUCUGCACAGAAUAACGACACAACCCUAUCAACUACCGAACGGAUCCAUCCUACCGGAAGGGAUUGGAGUAAUUCUACCGAAUCUAGCCUUCCAAAACGAUCCCGAUCACUUCCCAAACCCACGGGACUUUCAACCGGAACGAUUUUCGGUUAAGAAUGAUUUUAAGAACAAUUUUAGCUACCUUCCGUUCGGAGAAGGUCCUCGGAUAUGUAUCGGGAUGCGAUUCGGAUUGCUUCAAACACGGCUCGGAUUGGCUAUGCUGGUGAGGAAUUAUAGCUUCACCAUUGAUCCUGCCGAAGCCGAACGUCCGCUACGGAUCGAUCCGAUCAAUCUGUUGCAUGGACCAGCGGGAGAAGUAUGGUUGAACGUUAAACGUAUUGAUAACCUGUAAAGGAAGAAGAGUUUUCAGAAGCUUCCGUUAAUCCAUAACCAUCAAAGCAAAGCUUAUCCUCUAAGUCUACAAACGACACAGUCGUUGAGUUGUGGUAUAUCAGUUAAUUUCAUGGGAAAUGCCUACUCAACAUGGGAAGAGAGAUGAUGCAUACUAUCACCAACCUUCAAAUGUAUCUUUUAAAGAGCCGCAUGAGGUCUCAAAGACCCAAAGCCUCUAUAAAUAAACGACCAAAAAAGUAAAA